UGUUGUAGUUAUGAUGCGGUCAGUGUGUCGUCUCCGCUCUGGAUAGACGCAGGAGUCGGGAGGUGUUUGAGGCUCUGCUGCUGCAGAGAUCUUCAGAGCUGAACUCUCUGACAGAAGACAACUCUCCUUAUAAUGGAGGCACAUUUCCCAGAAUCCUCUCUAGAUGAUGAGCUCCAGUGCUCCAAAACUGAGGACAUGCAUUCACUGCAAGACCUGAACCAGGACACCCUACAGGAUCCUGAGUGUCUCAAACAGGAUCUGGAGCAACAAAGUCCUCACUCCAGUCCAGAUCAGGUUCAGGGUGCAGACAGAGAUCAUACUGAAGACGAAGCAGAGAAUAAGAAAUGUGAUCCAGAUCCUCAGGACCACCUGGAGGAGCAGCAAGUAGACAAAAAUCCUGCAGGAGAUGGAGCUUCAGAGCGUCUCCUUCUGUCACCUGUGUUUAUUGGAGUCCAACUGACUGCCCUGCAGAGAGGAAGUGAUGUCACAGCGUCACCUCAAGGUCUGGACCGAGCCGAGCAUCAGGGACACACUGGCUCUGACCAAGACCAGGAUCGAAUGGACUGUAACCGGGAUCAGAAUCAGGACCAGGACCUGACACCAGCCAAUGAGGAGGCAUCUGAGGAGUCAGGUGGCAGCGUCCCAGCGCUGGUAAUCACUCAGGCAGAAGAGUCUGUGCGACCAGUAUCCGCUGCCCCAGUGACACCAGCAGAGACUCCAGUGGAACCAGCAGAGAAAGCACAGAGACCUACAGACCUGGUGAUCCCAGUGAGCCCCACAGAGCCCAGUCUGAGCUCCAGCAGUGACGGAGGAGACAUGGCCUGCUCCGACCUCCUUUCUCUAAGGAGCGACUCCUUGUCUCUGGUCUCCAGGACGAGUGAGGAGGACGAUAUUGGGAGCAUUGCUGCUUCUUCUGUCAUGUCUCUGUUCCACAGGGUGCAGCUGGAUCCUCUGGAGAAGCACUGGUUGAGGAGCUCAGCUCUGGGGAACAUGGCUGCUCAGCGUCAGCUGCUCGCUCAGGAGCCCAGCCUCGUCCUGAAGAAGGAUUUCGUCUCUGGGGUAAGUUAACACUAAUCAUCUAAACACGGGAGAACAACCGGGACACAACAACACACUCACUUCUGCCUCAAUUAGCUCAGCACUGAUAUCACAGAAAGCAGCUCCC